CUGUAACCCUGCCACGAGAAGAGUGCCGGUCCCAAGCCCGGGAAAAGGGGAGGGCAGUUGCAAAUCAUCAUAAUCUAAGGCGACCACACUAACACUUCGAAACAACGAAUACCGGUCUCAAGCGCGGUAAAAGGGGAAUGUAGUUGCAAUUUAUCAUUCUGUAGAUAUUAAAAAAAGAGAACCAUGGGAACCACCUGCAGUGAAUUUCUCGUUCAAAAGAUGAAUCUUCAUGGCCUGUUCGAAGAAAAAAUAUUACAACGUGCAACUGUUGGAUUAUUCACAUUGAUUACUUUACAAUCAUUCCUUUUCCUCGUCUUGACUGUAUCAUGGAGAAUAUAUAUGCAACCGCCGCCAUUGGAGAGCAGCACGCUCUGUGUGACAUGCGAUGACAUCAAACAAACGUACCCUUACAAUGGCACAGACCACGUCAUUGAUGCAUGGAGACAAGUAUAUAACGAGUCGGUAUGCUGUGGUCCCAUUCGCAGAGUUAUGGAGCUCCGCAUUCAAAACGAGAUGCUAAAGCAAUACUUCGAAAACAGCCAAUCAAAUCCCAGUCUACUGGUUGGCGAAUCGUUUAUCACCGAUUGUAAAUGGGAGGGGAUCAAAAUCCCUAAGGCUAAACUUGUUGGAGUGAUGGAUAGCGUUCCAAGUGACAUACUCAAAGGUCAUUCAAAGAUUCGGUGGAACAAAAAUGGUCUCACAUUCACUGCAAACAAAUGCAUUCAUCUGGAACUUGAGGGAGAACUCUUCAUCAAAAGACCAGGAUACUACAUAGUGUCUUCGACGCUGAAUGUUAGUACGGCAGGAAAGAACAUAACAACACCAGCAACAGCAACAUUCAUCCACAGCCUUAAUCUGCUCUCCCACAAAUUUGGAACAACUGAUGUUCUUAUGCAAAGUCAAAGAUCCAUCAAAGAAUCAAACAACGGUGUUUUUACAAGUUUUAUAUCCGCGGUUUUCAAGUUGCAAAUGUACGAUAGGUUAUCGGUGUCUGUAAGCAACCCUAACUAUAUAGCUCGUAACCUUUCUAGUGACCAUUUUGUUGCCUACUAUACUUACGACAUGGCUUGAAUUUAAGUUAUUUCUCGAAAAACAAAUUCGUAUAUCUUGUCAAUUGCAAACAAGUUUAUUUGUUUUAAGACGUGCCAAUGAUUGAUUUAAUGGUUUACGGUAUCUUUAAACGGUCGGAUGUAAACACAAAUCUAAGUUUCAAAGAAAUUCACGGAGUAUUGGUAAUGUGAUAGUGACACCCCAAAGAGUUGAACCCUCUGACCUUGAAAACAAUAUAUAUUUCAGCAGUACUCCCGAAGAACCUAGACGGCUGUGAAUGCUCCAAAACACACACUAUGCUUUUACUUUGAAAUAAGGCUAAAAGAAAGCUUGAUUGGGAUGAGUUAUUUGAUAUAAGUCAAACGUCUUUCUUACAAAGUUUAAACAUUACUAGCAACGAACAGUGGCAGUUCUAAAAUGUUCUACUGACAACAACUGUAGAAGUCUUCGCCAUUUGAACCUGACACUUUUGCUGUGCAGAUUACUACGUUAAGGCUGUGCCGAUGUUGAAAUUAUAAUCUUGGGCUUAAAGGUCUUAAUUUUCGAUUUUCGCUAAGACAACCUUGCCACUUGCUGUAAUAUAGAGCUCCUGUCAGUUGGGAAUCUAAAACUAGUAAUGAUAUUGCAGUAUAAUAUGUCAUGGGUAAAUUUGAAUAAAAAAUGGUAUCGUCUCUAAAACUCUGUGACAAACUGCAAACUAUUAUUUUCAUUGUAUUUUGACAGUACUAUUCAGUCAUUAUAUUAUCACCUUUGUAUC